UUGUAAGAAAAGCCCUAUCUGCUAUCACCGAAAUAAAUUAUCAAUGCAACUCAGAUAUGGAAUUGAUGAUUCUGGCCUAUUGUUUACAACAUUGCCAGAAUUUGGAGUAUCUCUGUAUUCAAAGCCCUACAUCUCUAUAUCAUGCAGAUAAUGAAUUAUUUCUUCCAAAAAAUGAUACAUUCACGUCUGGCUAAUUUACCAAAGAACUACAGGCCAUUGGAUGAAGGAUAUAUGAAACAUUUCUUUAAAUCACUGACAAAGCUGAGAAACCUAAAAGUCCUGAGGUUGGAGAAAUUGUCCUUUACAGAAUCCUGCAGAAGGCUGCUUGCUGAAGUCUUUAGGACUAACCAGAAGUUGAAGGAGUUAAAUUUGAUCCUUGAAGACACAAAUGAUACAGCAAUGCGAUUGCUGUGUAAGGAGCUCCAACAUCCAGAAUGUAAAGUAGAAACACUGGAGUUUCAGGCUAGUGAAGCGGCCAUGAUCAGUUACUGCAACACGUAUCUUACAGAAGUAUUCAGGACAAACCAGAGAUUAAAAGAGCUAAAGUUGAAUCUCAACAAUAUAAGUGACAGAGCAAUGGAGAUACUGUGUAAGGGACUUCAAGACCCAGCCUGUAAAGUAGAAAAACUAUGGCUUAGUGCAGAGGCCAUGACUGAAUCCUGCGGCAAGCAUAUUGCAGGCGUAUUUUGGAAAAUAAGAGAGUUAUUCUUGGUGCUAAAGGAUUCAUAUAAAGCAUUUGAAAAGAUUUGUGAGGGGCUAAAACAUCCAGACUGUAAAGUAGAAGAACUCCGGCUUUUCGCAAAACACCUGCUUCAAUAUGGCAGCACGGAUCUUGCAGAUGUACUCAGGGAAAACAAGAAUUUGAAAACGUUAUGGUUGUGGAUCCAGAUUUUAGAAGUCAAAAUCGUGGAGAGGCUGUGUGAGGGGCUUCAACACCCAGACUGUAAAAUAGAAAAACUAUGCAUUCAUGAACAAUUUCUGUCCAACUCACCCAGCAGUCAUUUUGUAGAAAUCCUUAAGAGAUUAAGAGAAUUACAGUUAUUUCUCUGCAAACUACCUGAAAAUGUAGAGAAAGUGCUAUGCGAAGGGCUCCGACAUCUAGACUGUAAAGUAAAAAAACUAAGGCUUGAGGGAAAGUUCCUGAAGGAAUCCUUCUGUAGAUCUUUUGCUGAAAUACUCAGUGAACAAACGAGAUUGAGAGAGUUGGAUUUACUAUCCAAUGACACAAAUAACGAAGCAGUGAAAAUGUUAUGUGAGGGGCUCAAACAUCGAAACUGUAAUGUAGAAAAACUAGGACUUGGUGGAAAGUUUCUUACUGAAUUUUUCAGCAGUCAUCUUUCAGGUGUAUUCAGAAAAUGUCAAAGACUGAAAGAGUUAGAGUUGUUUCCCAUCAACAAUAUUGAUACAGUAAUGGAAGUGCUUUGUAAAGGGCUCAAAUAUUCAGACUGUAAAUUAGAAGUACUACGGAUUAACGGAGAGUACUUAAAAAUAUUCUGUGGGCACUCUCUGUCCUUUGGUAGACAGAUUGCAAGCAUUGUCAAGACAAUCCAGAAUCUACAAAAAUUGUAUUUGCAUGGUGACUGCUUUAGUGACUAUGAGAUGAAGCUGCUCUGUGAAGUACUAAAAUCCUCAAGGCUUAAUAAGUUAAAGGAGUUACGGUUGAAUGGAACAUAUAUUAUGCAGAAUGGGGAAUGGAUGGAAAUGGACUAGAGCCUCCCAUGCAAAUGUUUUUUCUUCAUGCUUGCCUGUUAAAUCUAUUUUUAUUUCUAUUAAGAAUAUAGUCAGGAAGAGUUGGAAUUUAAUAUAUUUCAAGUGAAAUUCUGAAGAGCUUCCUUUCAGCAACUAUAAUCUUAUAGUUCUUAUAUAAUCUAUAAACUAAUUUUUCUCUCUUUGCAGCUGAAAAAUGCUACAAGAAUGUAAACACACAAACCUUUUCAUGGAAAUGUGGACAAUACAUCCUUUUUUUACAUUGUGAGGUAUCUUCUUUUAAAAUCUGAAUAAGGGAAGGAAAUAUUGAUUGAUUGAUUGAUUAAAUGCCAUCAAUGACUCCUAAUGACCACAUAGAUUGAAACUAUUUUGUUUUCAACCAAAGACAAUAUUUAUAGCUCAGGGUUGAACUGUGGAGUCCUUGUGAU